AUGGCGGCUCAUAUAAGUCACAGUCGACUCAAGGCCAAGGGUGUGGGCCAACACAACAACGCCCACAACUACAGUAACCAGAGCUUCGAGGAGCUGCGAGCGCUCUGUCUGAGGAAGGGGGAGCUGUUCGAGGACCCCGUAUUCCCUGCCGAACCCACUUCACUGGGCUUCAAGGAACUGGGCGCCAACUCCAAACACGUGCAAAACAUCUGCUGGCAGCGGCCCAGUGAAAUCACCAGCACUCCUCACUUCAUUGUGAAUGGCGUCAGCCCCACGGACAUCUGCCAGGGGGUGCUUGGGGACUGCUGGCUGCUGGCUGCCAUCGGCUCCCUCACCACAUGCCCCCAGCUGCUGUACCGCGUGGUACCCAAGGGGCAGAACUUCAGGAAGAACUAUGCUGGCAUCUUCCAUUUUCAGAUUUGGCAGUUUGGGCAGUGGGUGAACGUCGUGGUGGAUGACAGGCUACCCACAAAGAAUGGCAAGCUGGUGUUUGUGCACUCAGGUGAGCGCACUGAGUUCUGGAGUGCCCUGCUGGAGAAGGCGUAUGCCAAGCUGAACGGGUCCUAUGAAGCACUGUCAGGGGGCAACACGGUGGAGGGCUUUGAGGACUUCACCGGAGGCGUGACCCACAGCUUCCAACUCCAGCGGCCCCCUAAGAACCUGCUGAGAAUGCUCAGGAAGGCCAUAGACCGAUCUUCUCUCAUGGGCUGCUCCAUUGAAAUCACCAGCGACAGCGAGUUGGAAACUCUGACGCAGUGUAUGCUGGUCAGAGGACACGCUUACUCAGUGACUGAUCUUCAGGAUAUCUGGUACCGAGGCAAGACAGAAACCCUGAUUCGGGUCCGGAAUCCCUGGGGACGAGUUGAGUGGAAUGGAGCCUGGAGUGACAACUCCAGAGAGUGGGAAGAGGUGUCCCCAGAUGUCCAGAAGCAGCUGCUGCACAGAAUGGAGGAUGGGGAGUUCUGGAUGUCCUACCAUGAUUUCCUGAAGAACUUCACGGCGCUGGAGAUCUGCAGCCUGAUGCCUGAUGCACUCUCUGGGAACCACAGGAGCUCCUGGCACACCACCUUCUACGAGGGCAGCUGGCGGCGGGGCAGCACUGCGGGGGGCUGCAGAAACCACCUUGACACAUUCUGGACCAACCCCCAGUUUAAGAUCUGUCUCCCCGAGGAGGACGAUGACCUAGAAGAUGACGAGAUCAUCUGCACUUGCAUGAUAGCCCUGAUGCAGAAGAACUGGCGGAGGGCACGGCCCCAAGGAGCCCAGCUGCAGACCAUUGGCUUUGUCAUCUACACAGUCCCAAAGGAGUUGCAGAACAUCCAGGAUAUCCACUUGAAGAAGGAAUUCUUCUUGAAGUAUCAGGACCACGGCUUCUCAGAGAUCUUCACCAACUCACGGGAGGUGAGCAGCCAUCUCCAGCUGCCUCCAGGGGAAUAUAUCAUCAUUCCCUCCACCUUUGAGCCGCACAGGGAUGCCGACUUCCUGCUUCGGGUCUUCACAGAGAAGCACAGCGAUUCCUGGGAACUGGAUGAAGCCAACUGUGCAGAGAUACUCCAAGAGGAGAACAUCUCUGAGAAUGACAUAGACAAGGACUUCAAACACUUAUUUGGGAUCGUGGCAGGAGGAGAGGGCAAGGAGAUAGGCGUGUAUGAGCUACAAAGGCUGCUCAACAGGGUGGUCUCCAAACUCAGAAACCUCAAGACCAAGGGCUUCGGCGUGGACGUGUGCCGCUGCAUGAUCAACAUCAUGGAUAAAGAUGGCUCUGGCAAGCUAGGGCUUCUGGAAUUUCAGGUCCUGUGGAAUAAAAUCAAGAAAUGGACGGACAUCUUCCAUGACUGUGACCAGGACAACUCAGGCACCUUGAACUCCUAUGAAUUGCGCUUAGCAAUUGAGAAAGCAGGUAUCAAGGUGAAUAAUAAGGUGGCACAGGUGCUGGUGGCCAGAUAUGCAAAUGAUGACAUGAUCAUGGAUUUUGACAGCUUCAUCAGUUGUUUCCUGAGGCUGAAGGCCAUGUUCACAUACUUUUUAACUAUGGACCCCAAGAAUACUGGCUAUAUUUGUCUGAACCUGAACCAGUGGCUGCAGAUAACCAUGUGGGGAUAG